AAAAUGCGCUACUUUUGCAUUGACACAAUGUCAUCUUUGCAUGAACACUGAUGUCAUCAAAACCUUUAUUAUGUCAUUGCAAAGAGAAUUCAAGGAAGAAGUGCAGACAAACAUACGGUUUGGUUUACAUGCACAAGUAACUGUACAUUUGUGGACAAAUACAACUCACAAGAGAUGAGUAAAGAUCAAGCCCCUGCCAAGUCAUACAAAACUACAAACAAGAAAAAGGAGGAUGACGAUCCCGGGAAACUCAUCAAGCCUGCCGAUCAACUGGAACUCACCGAGGCUGAGCUGAAAGAGGAAAUAACACGGACUCUGACAGCCAAAAAUCCACAUGCCCCCCACAAUAUUGCCAACUACAAAUUUCACGAGGGUGCUUACAAGCUGACCACGGUUGUAAAUCACAUGGCAGUUCAUUUGGUCUUGGAGGGUUGCCUUGAAUAUCAAGAUUUUGAUGAUAGCCAAAGUGUGACACCCACCGAGGAGCUCACCGAAGAUGCAACGAGAGAAGAGGGAGAAGAAUCUGAUGAGGAGUUAUCUUUUGAUGGGGGUGAGGAAGAGGAGCCCGCAGAAGACGACAUACCAAUCCCAGAGCCAAAAUGUACAAAUCAGUUCAACUUCAUCGAAAGAGCCUCUCAAACCAUCAAUAAUCCACUGCAGGGUAGAAGUUGCCAAACUGUUCCUCCUCCACGCUGCAACUACUACGCAACUGCUUGUCAGUGGAACAUAUAUGAUGUGUACAUGGCGGAGCUCCAGAAACAAGAGGUGCAAAAACAGAAACAGAAAGAGAAGGAGAGUGACAAAAACAAAAAGAAGAUGAUGCUCAUUGAGACGCCGAGCGAUGACAUCACCCAAGUAUCCAAAUCAGCCAAGCUGUUGGAGCGGAUGGUCAAUCAGAACUCGUAUAGUGAAGUAGCACAAGAUUUCAAAUAUUUUGAGGACGCGGCUGAUGAAUUUCGCGAGCAGGAGGGUACUGUUCUCCCCUUGUGGAAGUUCCAGUAUGACAAAGCCAAAAUGAUGUGCGUCACUGCCCUCUGCUGGAAUUUCAUGUAUCCAGAUUUCUUCGGUGUGGGAUUGGGAUCAUAUGAUUUCAGCAAACAGGGCCGCGGGAUGCUCCUCUUCUACACCUUGAAGAACUCCACCUACCCCGAGUACAUCUUCCCGACAGGUUGCGGGGUCAUGAGCCUCGACAUCCAUAAGCGACAUUCGUACCUGGUGGCUGUCGGUUUCUAUGAUGGAUGCGUGUGCGUGUAUAACUUGAAAAACAAGGCACAGGACCCUGACUACAAGAGCACCGUUAACAACGGCAAGCACAUCGACCCUGUCUGGCAGGUGCGCUGGCAAAAUGACAACAGCCUCAAUUUUUAUUCAGUAUCUUCUGAUGGCCGAGUGGUGUCGUGGACGCUCACUAAGAAUGAGCUCGUCUUCUCAGAUGCUAUCAGACUUGCACUGGAUUACACGGUGUCUGAAGGGCCAGAGGGGAUUCAGGAUCUCACCAAUGCUAGUGGCACAUCCUUUGACUUUCACCCACAGAUUGACGAUCUCUUCAUAGUUGGCACAGAGGAAGGGAAAAUACACAAGUGCUCCAAGAAUUACUCAAGCCAGUACCUAAACACAUAUGAUGCCCACAACAUGGCAGUGGAUACGGUAAAGUGGAAUCCUUACCACUCAAAAGUCUUCAUCUCUUGCAGCUCGGAUUGGACCGUCAAGAUCUGGGACCAGGAUUACAGUGCUCCCAUGUUCACGUUUGAGCUCAACGCAUCAGUUGGCGAUGUGGCCUGGGGCCCAUACUCCUCUACCGUCUUUGCUGCUGUCACCACAGAAGGUUUGGUUCAUGUUUUUGACCUCGCCAUCAACAAGUAUCAAGCUAUUUGCCAGCAGCCAGUGGUGAAUAAAAAGAAAACGAGGCUGACUCACAUUGAGUUCAACCCUGCCAAUCCCGUCGUCAUAGUGGGUGACGACCGAGGCUCAGUUAUCAGCCUCAAACUGUCCCCGAACCUCCGCAAGAAACCAAAGGGGAAGAAGGGUCGGGAUUUGGUUGAAGGUCCUGAGGCAGAAGUAGCCAAGAUGGAGAAGCUACUCAGUCUGCUGAGACAACCUGAACAAAGUAUUGUUUUCAAGUAGCCCACGAUUUCCUCUCCUCAUAAGCACUGUAAAGUACAAUGGAGUAUUUUACAGGAAAACAAUUUGCACAUUCUUAUAAUGCACUCCUCUUACCCUUCUGUAGAACUUUGUGUGUACAGUAGUUGAACAAAUACACUAUGUCAAGAUCAGGAAUUGAAGUGACCUUUCAAAAUUCACUCCAUGGAAUGAUUGUGAGAUUAUUAUAAACUGUCCAUUGUCAUAUUGUGUCACAAAUGGUGCAUGCUCAUUGAUACUCCCCGUAUUGCAAGCUUGCUGUGGCAGAGAGCCUUCGUGCGGUUGUUGAAUGGCAACAGAGAAGAAGAAAGGCAGGAGAAGCCCACAAAAAUAAUGGGCCGCCAAUUGUCUUGAUCUUCAUUCCACUGGACUCUGACCUUCUCUGUCUCAACUCAAGGACAAUGUGAGAGCCGAGUACCAAUCUCCCCACUUAAAAAACAAAACAAAACAGCCCUGCAGGACUCCGCCGUCGAUGUGAAGUAGCAAAUGUGAAUGUUUCCGCCAACCGUCGCAGUUCGCUCCAAGCAGAAAUUUACCAUCGUAUGGUGUGUGCAACGUUAAUCCACUUGAUUUGCAUGCCAAUAACAGCCUUA